CCCCCCCCAAACUUCCAACUCCCGGCCGGGCUCCGCUCGCUCGCGGGCUCCGUCGCUCUGCUCCCGGCGGGGGCCGCGGGUUCGGUCCGGCCGCCGGUGCGCUCCCGCCUGUCCUCCCGCCCGGGCUCCGGGCCCCCGCGGGCGGCCGCGCAAGAUGAAGCUGGCUCUCCUCCUGCCCUGGGCGUGCUGCUGCCUCUGCGGGUCGGCGCUGGCCACCGGCUUCCUGUACCCCUUCCCGGCCGCAGCCCUGCAGCAGCACGGCUACCCCGAGCCGGCCGCCGGCUCCCCCGGCAGCGGCUACGGGAGCCGCCGGCACUGGUGCCAUCACACGGUGACGCGGACAGUGUCCUGCCAGGUGCAGAAUGGCUCGGAGACAGUGGUCCAGCGUGUGUACCAGAGCUGCCGAUGGCCCGGGCCCUGUGCCAACCUCGUGAGUUACAGGACUCUGAUCAGACCCACAUACAGAGUGUCCUACCGCACGGUGACGGCACUGGAGUGGAGAUGCUGUCCUGGCUUCACCGGGAGCAACUGCGAGGAGGAAUGCAUGAACUGUACCCGGCUCAGUGACAUGAGUGAGCGGCUAACCACGCUGGAGGCCAAGGUUCUCCUGCUGGAAGCCGCAGAGCAGCCCGCAGGCCCGGGCAAUGACCUGCCGGUCCCCCCGAGCACCGUCCCACCCUGGAAUGAGGACUUCCUCCCAGAUGCCAUCCCCCUCGCCCACCCAGGGCCCCGAAGGAGAAGGCCCACGGGCCCAGCUGGGCCUCCGGGGCAGACGGGACCGCCAGGGCCUGCAGGUCCCCCAGGCUCCAAAGGUGACCGGGGCCAGGCAGGAGAGAAGGGCCCAGCAGGGCCUCCUGGCCACUUGGGGCCACCAGGGCCCCGCGGGCUUCCUGGAGAGACGGGGCGCCCCGGGCCCCCCGGCCCCCCCGGCCCAGCAGGCAGCCCGGGCUUCCCUCCAAACAGCCCUCAAGGGGUCCUCUACUCCCUGCAGCCGCCGACGGACAAGGGCGACAGAGACUCACAGCUGGCCUCGGCUGCCGUGGACACAGUGCUGGCUGGCGUCCCGGGGCCCCGGGGCCCCCCUGGCCCUCCAGGUCCCCCUGGACCACACGGUCCCCCAGGACCCCCAGGUGUCCCUGGAUCGCAGGGCCUGGCCGGAGAGCGGGGUGUGACGGGACCGGCUGGCGAGCCUGGCGGGAAGGGGCACGAAGAGGACAAAGCUGCUGCAGAGGGUGAGGGGGUGCAGCAGCUGCGGGAGGCCCUGAAGAUCCUGGCGGAGAGAGUCCUCAUCCUGGAACACAUGAUUGGGAUCCAUGAUCCCCUGGCCUCCCCCGACGGGGGUUCUGGCCAAGACGCUGCCCUGAGAGCCAGCCUGAAGAUGAAGCGGGGCGGCUCCCCGCCUGACAGCGCCCUCGCUGCCCUGCUCGGCCCUGACCCUGGGCAGAGGAGCGCCGGCCGGGCCAGCGGUGGCAAGUAAGAGGCCAGCUCUCCAGGACAAGCCCCAGCCCCGCCGGAGACCCGGCCCUGAGGUCCGUGUGGCCCUGCUGGCUCCUGAGGACCCACCAAGGGGGCCUGAGCUCCAGGCACGGACGAUCGCAAGAGACACUGGCUCCUGGGGUCUGGGGUGGGGGGCUUGGGGACAGAUGGCAGCUCCAGAGGCAGGGUCCAGAGGGCCCCAGCACUCUUGGCAGGGCCCUUUCCUGGUCCCUGCCCUCCCCACCCUCACCUUCUGCAGGAGACGGGGUCUGGGGGGUCUGGGCGGGGCACGAGAAUAACCCUAAUACUCAUCAUUUACUGAGUCUGGGCCUGUCCAAGGAGCUUUCCCUGCAUUGUCUCAUUUAACCCUUAGGAGGUAGGCUUGAUAUCCCCACUUUCCCUGGGAGGAUGGAGGCCUAGAGAGUAUGAAUAACCUGCCGAGGCCACGGGACCAGGGACAGCUGGGACAGGAUUUGAACCCAGGCCUCCUGGAUCCUUAACGCUCUACCCUGCCAGCUUCCUGUCUUUGCAGAGAAACUCAGGCUGGGCACAGGGCUGUGGGGGAGGCUGGACCAGCCAGCAGGGAAGGAAGGCAGGGUCCUGGGUCUUCUUCCUCAAUCCCCGUCCCUGGGCUUGGGGUCUGCUGCAGGGUCUGGCAGCGCCAGGGACACCCUGAAUAAACCCAGGACUUGGGGAUAUUGAAAGAGGAGCACUGGGGUGGCAGGGGCCUUCCUACCAAACAGGCA